CAAAAUCACAGGCAACAACGAUAAGCAGUCCUCGUCUAGAAGUGCUACGUACUUGCGUAGUCUUUGGUCGAAGGUGUCUUGGACAGGCGAGGAUGCGAGCGCUAGUGUCCAGAGAGCCUACGCAUUGCUGGAACCACUCACAGAUGUCGAAGACUUUUUAGCGCUGUUGGAUUUGAGACUGCUCAAUGCGAAUGCUCCUUCGGGUAAAAACUAGGUCUAUGACUACCUCAAAAUGUCUUUAAUUCCGACGUUAGUAGCCAAUCGACUGAGGGAAUAGUUAGGUUAUUGAUGUUGGCCUAGUAAACCUAAGUUACAUGGAGGUGGAGCAUUUCCAUCACGACAAACGUAAGAGUGAAACUUUUUCUUCGUCUUUGACUAUAGAAAAAGGACUUUUUUGACACGCUAAAUUCUUCUUUUCUUUGAUUUGUGAUAAUCGCAGGUCAACCCUCGGCUGCACCCGCCGCAUCUAGUGCUAGCAGUCUACAAGCAGGUGCGCGACAGGAGCGACAGGAAAAAAUGGCGCUUCAAACGAUCCGCUUACAUUUGCAAGACGGAAAUCUCUCUGAGGCAAAGAAAUGCUUCAUCGAAAGGGCGUCCAAUGGGCUACUAUCUUAAGCGCAUCCAUGCAAUAUUUCAUCUACUUAAAACGCCAUUUUUUAGUUUGCUUGAUUCAUAAUUUUUUGUUGCGGCUGUAUGUUGCACUGAGGCGCCGCAUGCGCAGUCAUUAGUAAGCCUCCACUCGCCUCGUGGACGAUGGGUUAGACUUCUAUCUUCUAGGUUGGUCGAUUCUCCUCGUGUUCUAAAAUUCAGUACCGGCGAUGCUUUCAGUACUCCCGGAGAUCCGGUUCAAGGACGGCAAGACGUCGGUCUCGCAGGCUGAGCUGCUGUUCGGACUCUUUUCGGACCUGG